AUGAAAGUGUUAAGCAGCUGUAAUACUUCAAAGACACUAAAUGCUGGGAACAUGGAGAGUCUGAUUGAGUGCCAGUCAGAGGCUGAUACCAAGAAAUGCCCCCUGUUGGUCCCAGCAGAUACUGAAGAUGGACUUUGCCACUCAACUGAUGGAACAAAGAAAAGAAAGAAGGUGAUAUCGCAGUCAUUUACUCUCAGACGAAGCUCCACCAAUGGGAAUUCCCCAGGGCAGCUUGACUCAGGUGCCAAAAUCACUCUGUUUGGCCAGCCUCUGUCAAUUAUCUGUGGGGAUGAUGACACACUGCCCCAACCAGUCCAGGAUCUCCUAGCUAUAUUGUAUAUGAAAGGACCUUCCACUGAAGGCAUAUUCAGAAAAGCUGCCAAUGAGAAAGCACGAAAGGAGUUGAAGGAGGAUCUAAACAGAGGCGAGAAUAUUGAUUUGAAAAGCAAAUCUGUGCACCUGCUGGCAGUGGUGUUGAAGGACUUCCUCCGAAAUAUUCCCUCCAAACUCCUGUCGGCUGACCUCUAUGAGAAGUGGAUGCAAGCUCUGGAGAAGCCAAGCAAGCAGGAAAAAAUUGAAGAAUUGAAAGUGGUGGCUGACAAACUCCCUAGACCAAACCUCAUCUUGCUCAAGCACAUGCUCUCUCUGCUUCACCACAUCAGCCAAAAUGCUGAGAGCAACAGGAUGGACUCCAGCAAUCUGGCCAUCUGCAUUGGCCCAAAUAUGCUGAGCCCAGAGAUGGACAACACUCUCCCACUGGAAGUGCAGAAAGAGAUGAAUGACAAGGUGUGUUGA